UCCCGGCGGCGGCUGGCGGCGCUGGAGGCGGCGGCGGGGUGCGGAGGGUUCCCGCGGCGCCGGCGCCAUGAGCGAGCCGAGCGGCAGCGCGCCCCCCUCGGGCGGGCCCAGCCUGCGGCCGGUCCUCCUCCAAGAAAACCUCUCUGUGGACUCCAGCUUCUCCUCACCCACUGUGAACUUCCUCCAAGAAUUGCCAAGCUACCGCUCCAUGGCACGAAGGAGGACGACCCUCCUUUCUCGGGACAAGCAAAGUGGUGCACUGCUGAAGCCGACAGACUCUUACAGCUCCCACCUGGAGGGAGAAAUCACUGAAAACCUCAAUAGCCAAUCCAUUCGGAAGUAUGCACUGAACAUUUCUGAGAAGCGGAGACUGAGGGCCAUUCAGGAGACCCAAAUGAAGUAUUUGUCCGAGUGGGACCAGUGGAAGCGGUACAGUAGCAAGUCGUGGAAGAGGUUCUUGGAGAAGGCGCAUGAGAUGACGAGGCACCUGGAGCUGUGGCGGGAGGACAUUCGCAGCAUAGAAGGGAAAUUUGGCACUGGGAUUCAGUCUUAUUUCUCCUUCUUGAGGUUCCUGGUGUUGCUGAAUUCGGUGAUAUUUUUGAUCAUCUUUAUGCUGGUUUUGCUCCCAGUUUUGCUCACUAGAUACAAAAUCACCAAUAGCACCUUUGUGGUCAUUCCAUUGAAAGACAUAGAUAAGCAAUGUACAGUCUAUCCAGGAAGCAGUUCUGGACUCAUCUACUUUUAUAGUUAUAUCAUAGACUUGCUUUCUGGCACUGGCUUCUUGGAGGAGACCUACCUCUUUUAUGGACAUUAUACCAUUUAUGGUAUAAAAUUUAAGAACUUCACCUAUGAUCUGCCUCUGGCUUAUUUGAUAAGCACAAUUUCCUAUCUGGCCCUGAGCCUCCUUUGGAUAGUGAAAAGGUCAGUGGAGGGGUUUAAAGUCAACCUGAUUCGGAGUGAGGAGCACUUCCAGAGUUACUGCAACAAGAUCUUUGCUGGCUGGGACUUCUGCAUCACCAACCGCAGCAUGGCCGACCUGAAGCACAGCAGCUUGCGGUAUGAGCUCCGAGCAGAUCUGGAAGAAGAGAGAAUACGGCAGAAAAUUGCACAGAGGACCUCAGAGGAAACGAUACGCAUUUACUCUUUGAGACUGCUUUUGAACUGCAUUGUUCUGGCUGUUUUGGCUGCGUGCUUUUAUGCAAUCUACUUAGCAACCAUCUUCUCACAGGAACACAUGAAGAAGGAAAUCGGUAAGAUGGUUUUUGGAGAGAACCUGUUGAUACUGUACCUACCAUCCAUUGUGAUCACACUGGCCAAUUUUAUCACCCCAAUCAUCUUUGCCAAGAUCAUCCACUAUGAGGAUUACUCACCAGGCUUUGAGAUCCGACUGACGAUUCUUAGGUGUGUGUUUAUGCGGCUGGCCACUAUCUGUGUGCUGGUAUUCACACUGGGCUCCAAGAUCACAUCCUGUGAUGACACCACAUGUGAACUCUGUGGCUACAACCAGAAACUCUACCCAUGCUGGGAGACCCAGGUUGGGCAAGAAAUGUACAAGCUGAUGAUCUUUGACUUGAUCAUCAUCCUGGCUGUGACACUCUUUGUGGAUUUCCCUAGAAAGCUCCUGGUGACCUACUGCUCCUCCUGGAAGCUGAUCCAGUGUUGGGGGCAGCAGGAGUUUGCCAUCCCGGAUAACGUCCUGGGGAUUGUGUAUGGGCAGACCAUCUGCUGGAUCGGAGCCUUUUUUUCUCCCCUUUUACCUGCAAUUGCAACUGCGAAAUUCAUCAUCAUCUUUUAUGUGAAAGAGUUGAGUCUUCUUUACACCUGCAAGCCUUCCCCAAGGCAGUUCAGAGCGUCCAAUUCUAAUUUCUUCUUCCUGCUGGUGCUGUUGAUUGGGCUGUGCUUGGCAAUUAUUCCUCUGACAGUCAGCAUGUCCAGCAUCCCUUCCUCGAAAGCCUGUGGGCCAUUUACCAACUACAAUACCACCUGGGAGGUUAUCCCCAGCACUGUGACCACCUUCCCCAGCUCGCUGCAGUCUGUAAUUCAUGGCAUCACAUCAGAAGCCUUUGCUGUGCCUUUCUUCAUGAUCAUCUGCCUCAUCAUGUUCUACUUCAUCGCUCUGGCCGGUGCGCACAAGCGGGUGGUUAUGCAGCUCCGAGAGCAGCUGUCUCUGGAAAGUCGUGACAAGCGCUAUCUAAUCCAGAAACUAACAGAAGCACAACAGGAUCUGAGGGACCAAUAGCCUGGGCGUGAGGAUGCUGUGUGUCUGCUUCUCAGUUGGCCUCCUGACUGUUGAGCCCUACAAAAUCUACCUGGCUUCUGAAUGGAAAUUUUAAAAUAUAUUUCUCUGGAGUUUUAAAGAGAUCGACUCCCUGUGCACAGCUGUGGUGGCUGUAUUUGCAUAAACCAGCCCCUACGGAAGACUUUCAGUGACUUGGAAGUGCAGGGUGAAACCCAGGUCUUUACCUGUACACUCAUAACUCAGUGAUGACUCUACCAAAAUAGUAACUCCUCUAGGAGUUUUACAACAAAAUCAGAGACACUUAAUAUAUUUUUAUAAAAAGCUUGUUUUAUGUUGUCUUCCAAAGUUAACCCGAGGUCAUUUGUUGCCAAAACUCCGUUCUUUUCUUUGAAGCUGGUUUUAGGAGUUUAGUCUGAGGAGUUUUCCUGAAAAGCUGUGGCUCUCAAGAAUGACUCUACUGACUUAAAAUGAAACCUGAAUUUUUUAAAUUAAAAGAAUCCUUGAGUCAUAAUGCCUGCAACAGGUGGUAAGAACAUGAAGCAGAUCAUCACAUAAUUUUGGCUACAUGAUAGUAGUCAGGAGAAAAGCCAGUCCCUGCUGUUGAAAAGCUCUCCCUCCGUAUCCUGAUUAACCUUCACAGAGUGGGGGACUGUGGCAAGCUGGCAGCCCUGGCUUUUUGGCAUUCUAGGCAUUUUGUUGUAGCCUUUUUUAUUACUCAGGGGGAAGCUGCCUUUAGUUACCCAUAAACCUUCAGUUUCUGUCUGGUCUGCAAUUGUGAGACUUGACAAAGAACCCUUACCCUUUGAAAUUAAGAGGCAGACAAAGUUUGUAUCUCAGUCUUCCUAAGUUCUGUUUUUUCCCUCCUGCACUGAGAUGUCCAUUUCUGAAGGACACACACACACACAGACAGCAUUUCAGAGCCAGGCUUUGGGGUUGGUUAGUAUUAGAGCUAUGGGUUAUGUGCGUAUGUGUUCUGUGGUAUGGUUUACAGCUCAGCCUUUUCAUUAUACCAGCCUGUGACAUAUACCAAGCUAGACUGGAUGCUGGUUUCUUAAAUACACAUUUCCAUAUUUUAAAGGCUGCUGUUUGUUUUUCUGUGCUUAAAUUUUAAGUGCACAUGCCCUUACUAUGCAAAACAUUACAAAAGCACAAUAUCUAAGAUUUUUGUUAGAGUAAAAAAUAAAUGCAAUAAAUACCUCAUCAUAAGUGUACCUAAAUUUGACAUCAUGAACCAUUGAAGUGAAGCCUGUUAUUAUUUAUUGCCAUCAAUUUUCAUUUUAAUAUCUUUGAAAUCUUUGUCAAUGUAUUUUGUCAAGUUUCCUUCCAUUGUUUUUCUUCCUUUCAUUGGCUCCAAACCUUUUGUUGACUUUUAAGCUUUUGGAAGCUACUGCUAAAAAUAAUUCCCACCCAACCUCUAGUUUCCCUGUUACUCUAAGAUGAUUUGCUCCUUGCUCUGGGAAGCAAAGAAGAUUGUCACAGCUUAUCACAUUGCUUGAAUCCUGGUCCUUUGUCACAACCACGUGCCUGUGUGCGUUGGGGUGCUACGGUUGGAACCCAGGUUCUCAGCAUGUGCUUUUGUACCGCUGCUACUUCCUGACCUCAACAGAACUAUUUCUCGCUCUUGUAUACAGUACUGUUAUUAACAUGGGAAAUAUUUGUACCUAUGAGACUUGUAUUUUUCAAUUUUUUCCCAUCUGGUUAAGGUUUAUGAGAUUUUAAAUCAUUUAAUAAUUGGUAUAAAUCUUGAGUAAUCAAAAAAUUCCCAAAUUUUCAUUUAAACAAAUUUUGGCAUUUGGCUGUAUAGCACCUUUGUAAUGUGCUUGCCUUCAGCAUGUUCCUGAGGGCAGUCCAGGUUUCAGUGUGUGUUGUAAAAAAUAAAAAUACAUUGUGCUGUUUUCAUUUUAAAAGUGAUAGUGAAAUAUGCUAAUUAGCAUUUAGUUUUAUUUAAGUGCUGCUAACUUGGAUCCCUCUUACUUGAAUUUUUAUAUGUUUUGAUAACUAAUAAUGUUAGGUUAUAUAUAUAUAUAUAUAUAUAUAAUUUUUGAAGUGAAGCUGUCUAACAUGUACAUUAAAACUACUGACCAAAUAAUGUCUUGAUUGUUUUAAAAUGUGAUGUGUAUAUUUGAACUCAUCAAUGCAUCUUGUUUGGAAUCAAGUGAUCAUGGAAACCUGUAAUAGUUUGUAAAGUUGUUCUUCACCUUUUCCUAAAAUUAGAGAGAUGAACGAGUGUUUAUCGCAAUAAGAUGAGUACUUUUAAAGCUCCUUGGCUCUAUUGAAAUCAGAGCAAGUGUACUUGUGAACUUUAAACUUAAAAAAGACAACAUCUGACUCCCCAGAGAAAACUACUGCUAACAGUUAUUUGAUUCUGCCAGAAAACUUUAAAACUUAAUAUUCAAAGAGAUUUAUGUUUGGAUGUAUGAUGUGAAAUACACAUUUCUGAGCUUCUUCCUGUCCCCUCUUAAUAAUAUGUACUUUGCAUGUAAGCAGCUACUCCAUUUUUUUAAGUGACUGCAUUGCAUCCCACUGUAUGAUGUAUGUGACCACAGAUAAAAACUUGGAUUGUUUUUA